AUGCCUCAGGACAGGAAGGAUGCAGAGAUGUCUUUUCCCCACAAAAUACCCAAAGAGGUGGAAGGAGAGCUAGAAUGGAGCAUGGGAGACCCUUUUGACCACUUGGAGAAGCUCCAUGGUCUUUCUGAUGGGGAGAAGGGAGAGAAGGCAUUGUUGCAUUCACGCAUCAAUGAACAGUCUCAGCUGAUCUGUAUCCUAAAGAAGCGAGCUGAUGAUCAACUGUUGCGCUGCAAGGCACUGGAACAGGUCAACACAGAGCUGGAGGAGAUGAGAAUGGCAGAUGCUUUAAGACUGGAGUCUCAGACACGACGUGUCCAGCAGCUGGAACAGCGCUUUAUGGACUUGGCUGCCAACCACGAAGACAUGAUCCACUUCAAGGAUGAGCACAAACGGCAGAAUAAGCAGCUGAGAGAAGAAAACAGGCGCCUGCGGCAAGAGAAUGAAAGCCUCUUCAGCCAGCCUUUGAAAGAAAAAGAGGCAGAGCUGGCCCAGCUCUCUUCUGAGUUCAAGAAACUUUCCAUGGCAAUGGAGGCCUUAAAGGAAAAUUAUCAGCAGGACUGCCAUUCUGCCGAAGAACGAGAGAAAGAACUGCUGGAAGCACAGAGGCAACAAAUCAGAGCACACAUCAAGGAAAAGGACUCCUUGAAAAGUCAACUGGAAAUCCUAGAGAAGAAGCAUAGGCACGCCACCCAGCGACUGGAACAAGCAGAGAAACAGCUAAGAGAAGCUGAUAGCAGUCUGCAAGCUAAGCUGGAGGUGCUAACGAAGGAGAAAGAGGAGCUGUUGAACCUGGCAAUGGAGAGAGGCAAGUUGCUGCAGGAAAAGCAACGGGAGAUCCUUCAACUAGAGAAGAAGGCAGAAGAUAUGGAGAAAGCCAAGCAGGCAGCCGAACUACAGUUUGAGACGGAAGCUGCAAUGGUGGACAGUAACCUCCGAGUUCGAGAUCUGAAGUUCCGCCUUGAUGGGGCAGAACAAGCCUACACUGAGCUCCGGAUGCAUUUUGAAGCUUACAGAAAGCACAGCACAGAGCUGCUAAACAAAGAGAAAGAGUUAAAUACCAAACUACGUCACUUUAUGGCGUAAUGUGAGCAUUUCAGUAUUCCUGUCAACCUG